AUCUCGGAAAAUACGGAUGCGAUCACUAGAAUAUUGCAAAUAAUCGAAUUCCAUUACGUCCUCCUCGUCGCCCUUGGCAAUGACAGGGAUGAGGUUAACCUUGGUGUGCAGUCGGCGCAUGAAUUCAACAUCGAUCUGCUUCAAGGAAUGACCGGUGGGUUGAAGGAAAUAGAUGCAGGCGUGGACGCGGUUAUCCACAAUUUUUUGGCGGUUCACCCUGUUCUCCUGCUCCAAGUAGGCAUCGAAGCGGGAUUCGAUAUUGUCGAGAAUUGGCUUCCAGCUAUAUUUGAAUAA